AAAAUCUAGUCUAGUGUAGUACAGAUGAGAGUCGGAGAAACAAGUAAAAUGCUGUUGCAAUAUUUAUAGGGUAUCUGAGUGAAGAGAAGGGGGAGGGCUGGAUGCAUGGUAAGGUGAUGAAGGGAGAAGACCACCCCCAUAUUGCGAAACAGUGAAAUAAAAGAGAGAAUAAUGAAGACAGCUAAGAAAGAGAGAAGCUACUGUGGAAGCUAUGAAGAUAGAAGCUAUAUAUGAUAAGGUUCACAGGUGGUAGAACUAUAGGGCGGCAUGCCAGUGGCAGGUGGGGGCUCUGAGGUUGAUCUCUCAAGGCAGGAGCAGAGGAAGGCCAGUGCCCUCAGCCCUGUGCCGGUGUGCCCUGCAAUUAUUGGGUUCCAAGAUGAAAAAGAUAGGGAAAAAAAACAGUACUUCUUUUAAAACUUCGAUGUAGGAAGGUUGGGGUCCUGGGGGAGUUCAUUUCCUGUCCUUUUCUGGGCUCUUCAUUUCUCCUUAAGCCUUGGUUUAAAGCUCAGUUGUCAAUUCUUGAGGCUGAUGAGUUUUAAUGCUUUACUUCCCAUACAUCGAGAAACUAUUCGGGUGGCUUAGGAGAAGGCCACGUAAUUCAUGGAUAUGGACAGUUUCCCAUUUUUUUUCUUUGAUAAACAGAAAGGAGUUUU